UUUAAUUUAUCCCUUUUUCCCCGGAAAUUUGGGCGCCACAAGAUGUCAGCCAUCGAAGUGAAAGACUUCACGGUUGAGGAACCCCCUCAUCCAGGUCCAGAACCCCAAGUUGAAAAUACGGGGUCAGAGGAAGGGCCAGAAAUUGUUAAGAAAUAUGAAGGGGAGACACCGACUGUGAGCCAUGAAUUGGCAAACGCGGAUCAUGAGGAAAAAGGCGCCGCCCAGGAGGACCAUAAUCAGACCGAGGUGAAGGAUUUGGGGUGGAAUGAAAUUCCUACUGAUGUACCUACUCCGAUAGUAGGUGGGCUGCCAAACGAGGAGUUGUGGACGCUGAUUAGGAGAUUUAAUAAACAAAUGUAUCAUGUUAAAGCCAUGCCGGAACCACCUCUCGAUGGACUGGACCUCAACAUCGCAGAUGAAGAGGAGUUCUCACCAGAUAAGCUAAGGUCCAAUAUUGAACGUCUAUACAUGACUGUAAUUGUUGGGAUGGCGAGCUUCUGGAAACACAUUGCCAGACUUCGGUCAUGGCGAGAACGAAAGCGAACCAUGACUUUCGCCGCUGUAUACUUUCUUGCUUGGGCCAUUGAUAUGCUCGUUCCGACCAUCAUUGGGUUUGUGAUGCUCCUGAUAAUAUAUCCUCCGGCUCGAACGUACUGUUUUCCACCUGCACCAAUUGCCUUGAUCGAUAGCAAGACCGGAGGAAUUCAAAAGCCAGCUGCAGGCGUACUGGGGAGCGACAAUAGUUUGACUGGAGCGCCCGAAAAACACAAGGGAGAAGCGGUUGAGCAGGAGGCCAGUAAUUUCGUCACGAGCUUUACCUCGAUCGCGAUUAGCAGUGCCGUGGGCAAACAUCCUCAAGGCGAUCCAGACGGGGCAGAAGGUGGAAGUACGGCGGAAGAAAUUGUGCCUGAUCCGACAAAUAUAGCUAUGAACGCCGCGGAUGCGAAACAAAACUCAUCCGGAGAUCAGCCUAAUACUGUUGCUGAUAAGACCAAGGAGCCGAUGAGUGCUGCGAUGUGGUCCAAGACGAGACCUGCUAUGCAUAUAAUUGCUGGCAUUUCGGAUGGAUGGGAGAGAUUUGGCAAUGCUCUAUCCCCAACACCACCAUUUCCACGGAUUGCACCACGCUUGAGACUUGCAGGCGUCUUUGCACCUAUGUUUCUCAUUUCUCUUUUCACUAGCUCAUAUAUGUUCAUGAAAAUGAAUGGCUUACUCGCAGGGGUUGUCCUCUUCGCAGACCCCUGGAUCCAGCGCGCCGUGUCUCACUUGAACAAAGAAUUUCCGCACUGGAAGGAACUUCUGCCGCUGCGGAAUACACUACUCAAAGGCGUACCCACGAAUGCACAACUCACAGUUACUCUUCUCCGGAUCGGCGAGACUAAUAAGGCUCCCCUUCCGCCUCCACCUUACUCUGGUCCCUUACCCCCACAAGUCCCCCCCAAACCUGCUGACCAAAAUCUCGAUCAUCUUGCUGCACCCGACGAUGAGAUGGUUCAGGCUACCCAACUCGAUGACAAGGCGACGAAUACAGGGGCAGAUGUAGCGAAAGCAAAGAAGAAACACUACCUCUUGGCCACCAUCAAAGGCGUAACCAAAGGUGGUGUCGAGUCCAUGCUCAGCACGGACCGGCUCAAAGCAGCAGCGGGAGCUGAGCAUGCCAAGAAUCGCCUCGGCGUGCUGAAGCCCGCCACCAAUCCUCUGGCAGGACCAGUUACUUUCCCAGCGAGAUAUAAGGGGAAGAAAGGGCACGCAUACAUCACAGCAACAGCAACGAGUCCGGCACUGAGCUGGACGACGGAGAAGGAGGACAUUGAUCCGGUGUUCUCUAUUGCUAUUGCUGAUAUCCAAGAAAUCAAAAAAGUCGGCGGCCUGGGCUGGAAGACAAGAUGGGUCGUGGGAUGGGCCAUGGAUCGCGAGAUCGCAGAUGGCCUGCUCAUCACUGAUAAGUAUGGGGAUAAGAAACUUCUCACUGCCAUUGCGCUUCGUGAAGAACUCUUCAAUCGUCUUGUCGCCAUUGGGGCCCAGAUGUGGGAGGCGUGGUGAUUACUCUGAUCCAUGAGCAGAGGGCGCGUUUGUCGGUUGGUUUGGUUGGUUUUGAAAGGCUGGCGUUGGAUAGAUGGAUAUCCGGGACACGAUGCGACGGGUUGAUAUGAAAUGACGGUUGUAUAUAUACCUAUAGUAAAGCAGAUCUCUCGACCUUUAGAUUUCUAUCUUGGGUCUUGAUUAAUGAGUGAAUAUUAC